GGGAAGAAGCUUGAGAAUGAACGCUACGUCAUUGAUAAUUAAUCAUCUGUUACUCAGUUUAAAUUAGCUGCAAUCUUUGAUUUAUAAGGUUAUUGAUACUUUCAGCGCCAAAUUAUUAUUACUGUAUUUAUUUGUUGUACAUUCUAGUUCGUAAUAGACAUAGGUAGGCCCACCUGUCUUGCUGCCUGGAUUUCAAAUCAUCGUGCUUAGCCCCGACGAGACUACUGGUGAGGAGAGUAACCGUAACAAGUGGUCGCUGGUGCUUGGUACAACUUGCUUGUUAGAGGUAAACAAUAUUAAUCUUUCAUAAUGGAAUUUGCUUCAAGCCAUGUCCUGAAUUAUGAUGAUUCUGAUGAAGAGUUCAUCUCAGAAGGAGAAUACAAGUUUGGUAUUGGUGGCAGAGCUGAUUAUUCUGGGCUUAAAGGACAUUCUGUCGCACCUGGUGGCAGAAGUUUUAUCCAAUCAGAAGCAACUUAUGGAGAAAGUAUAAUAAGAGGUUCCCGUAGGAAUCAAGCAGUCCAAGGUGUAUAUGAUAAUGUUGGUGGAUCUUCAAGCAAAAAGCCUAGUGCUUCAGAAGAGGCAAUAUACGACAAUAGGACAUUUAACGGACCAGAAGCUAUAUAUGAUAACAAUAUACCAAAAGCAGCGAAGGCCAAAAUACCAGAAGGUAUAUAUGCAGAGCUCGGGGCUCAUGAGCCACACAAGUACUCUGAAUUAAGUGCAAAUGUUGCUCCUCCAUUACCACCAGAGAACAGAAGGAAGAAGAAAGAUGAAGAGAACAAACAAAUCAAAUACAGACGCGCUGAUACAAAUGUUGUUGCUGUUAAAUUUGAAUCAUUAGUAAAGUCGAGCAAUUCUUCUUCAUCAACUGAACCAAUCUUCUGUGAUAAUUGCUCUGCAGCAUUUUCAUAUAUCAGCAAAGUAAUAGAUGGACAAGUAUGUGACAUUUAUUCCAUGUUUUGUUGUUCUGGUUUUCUGGAAAAAUGUGGCACAAGUGUAUAGCUUAGUGCUUCUACU